AUGACUGAACAAAUCUCUCUGGUGGAUGGGUCGUCAUCCUUGUCUUUGAAAGGCGAAGACUCCAGCAAUGUUGCACUGUUACGAGAUCUCUUCAUAAACGAUGUUACUGCAAACGACCCAGCAGACUCUAGUGCUGAUGUUCACAAAGACGAGCUCUCUUCAGGCGACUCUGAUAAUGAUAAUGAAGACAUUCCCAAUCCAAAUGAUUUCUCACAGCGACGACGAGUCCAGAAUGCUCAAUUUGAAGCCCUGCUGUCCAAGCGCACCGAUAUAGAUUCCAACGAUGCCGUGGAUAGAGGGCCAAUAGUUUUGUCAGAUGGCGAGCUAUCGAUCGCUCAUUUGGUCGCAAAGCAAGAUCUGGGGAGCGGGUUGUUGGACCCGAGAGAAUAUCAGAUUGAGUUGUUCGAACGGGCCAAGGCGCAGAACACAAUUGCCGUUCUCGAUACAGGAUCGGGAAAGACAUUGAUCGCCGUGCUUUUGCUGAGACAUACCAUCCUGAACGAGCUGGAUAAUCGCGCGAAUGGAAAGCCGCAUCGUGUAUCGUUCUUUCUGGUCGACAGCGUCACACUCGCAUAUCAACAGGCCGCCGUUUUGCGCAAUAACAUUGACCAGAAUGUCGCGCAUUUCUUUGGAGCCAUGGGCACUGACCUAUGGGAUAAACGGACCUGGGACGAGCAUUUGCAGCAGAACAUGGUGGUAGUUUGUACAGCGGAGAUCCUGAACCAAUGCUUGCUCAAUUCAUACGUAAAGAUGGAUCAAAUAAACCUUCUGAUCUUUGAUGAAGCUCAUCAUGCGAAGAAAGAUCACCCAUAUGCCCGCAUUAUCAGGGAUUCUUAUUUCAAGGCACAGCCUUCUCAGCGUCCACGGGUCUUCGGAAUGACAGCUUCGCCAAUCGACACAAAAGGCGACAUCACAGAAGCCGCAACGAGACUAGAGACUCUGUUGGAUAGUCGAAUCGCCACAACUUCAAAGAUCACACUCCUGCGGGAAGUUGUCAGUCGCCCGAUAGAGAAAGUGUGGGCAUACAACAGGCUUGAGUCACCUUUCGCAACGGAACUUUAUAAGCUCAUGGAUACUCGCUAUGGCAAUAUCAAGGUACUCGAAGGAGUCUUUAGAUUUGCCUGGCAUGCCAGCUCAGAACUGGGAAAAUGGUGUUCAGACAGAGCAUGGUGGCAUGCCUUGGCAGAUGAUGUGUUGCCUAAACUUGAGGGUAACAUCAGCAAGCUUGCUGAGUCGAACACCUUAAAUGGAGAACAUGGUGCUGUUUUCAAGGAUACUAUACGCAUCAGAGAAGCAAGUGAGACCGUCAAGAACUACUCUUUCGCUGAUCCCAAGCUCCCAGGUGAACUUAGCCCUAAAGUGCAGCUUCUCCGCAUGGAACUCAGCAAACACUUCAGUCGCGCCACAGAAACAAAAUGUAUUGUCUUUACGCAGAAGCGCUACACUGCCAAGAUUCUCAAUGAGCUUUUUACAGUUCUGAGCAUUCCUCAUUUGCGUCCAGGGGUUCUCAUAGGCGUUAGACCCGGUGACAUCGGUGGCAUGAACAUUACGUUUCGGCAACAGUUUCUUGCUUUAGUGAAAUUCAGAACAGGAGAGAUUAACUGCUUGUUUGCUACAUCAGUGGCGGAAGAAGGUCUCGAUAUACCAGAUUGCAAUCUGGUUGUCAGAUUCGAUCUGUAUCGCACACUUAUCCAGUAUGUACAAAGUCGAGGAAGAGCUAGACAUUGCACCUCCACGUACGCGAUUAUGGUCGAAAAGGACAAUGCGGAGCAUGAAGGACGGCUUAAAGAGGUUCGCGAGGCCGAAAAAAUUAUGCAGCGGUUCUGUGAAACUCUCCCCGAAGAUCGAAUACUGCACGGCAACGACCACGACUUGGAUUCGCUACUUCAGGAAGAGGAAGGAAGACGAACCUUUACUGUGAAAAGCACCGGAGCAAAGCUCACAUAUCAUUCCGCUAUUGCAAUUCUUGCGCGUUAUGCCAGUUCUCUGCAAUACGAGAAGGAAACCGUACCUCAAGUAACCUAUGUGGUCUCGGCUGUUAGCAGUGCCUAUGUUUGCGAAGUGAUAUUGCCUGAAAAGUCACCCUUUCGAGGACUCACUGGAAGCCCAGCAAUGAGAAAGGCCGUCGCCAAACAAUCUGCGGCUUUCGAUACGUGCCUCAUGCUCCGGAGAAACAGAUUGCUUGAUGAUUAUUUUAAUUCGAUUUAUCAUAGACGCUUGCCAGCAAUGAGGAACGCAAAGUUAGCCAUUACGUGCAAGCGAACGAACCAGUAUGACAUGUUGUUAAAGCCUUCCAUCUGGGCUAGACAACGGACUGCAACAACUGACACGUUUUACGGGAUUCACAUGUCUCUCCUGCCUUCAAAACCCCUGAGUCGCGACCAUAGACCCAUACUCUUGCUGACCCGAGAAAAGUUGCCAGAGAUUCCGGCGUUCUCAAUCUACCUUGACGAGGACGUCGAGACUAAGGUCCUAUCCAACCAACUGAAGCAUGGCUUGCAAAUAUCGGUUGGCGAACUACAGUCGCUGACCACAUUUACCCUUCGAAUAUUUCGGGACGUCUUCCACAAGGUUUAUGAACAUGACGUCCAGAAAAUGCCUUACUGGCUUGCUCCAGCAGAGGCGCUCGAUGGUCGAGGCAGGGGAACAAAUCCUCGCGAUUGUAUUGACUGGGACACAAUAUCGUUUGUACAUAAUAACUAUGAAAUCCCUUUCUCUAGAGACCUGGACCCUGACUUCUUGGUGAAUCGGUUUAUAUUCGACAACUGGGACGGGCGGUUCCGUUAUUUCACAGUUGCUGUGGCUGAUACAUUGCGACCCUCUGAUCCGCCGCCACCUUCGGUGCCACGCCGCAGGCAUAUGAACGAUAUUAUGAACUACACACUGAGUCUGUCAAAGAAUUCACGAGCCAGGUUUCUUUCCGGCUGCGACUGGAAUCAGCCAGUCCUCCAGGCGGAGCUAGUCCGUCUUCGCCGGAAUCUCCUGGAUAAGAUGACCACCCAGGAGAAAGAGACGCAAUCUGGGUGUUUUAUAUGUGCCGAGCCGCUGAGGAUAUCUGCUAUCCCUGCUUCAACAGCGUCUACCUGUCUCGCAUUUCCAGCAAUCAUCACCAGACUGGACUCAUAUCUCAUUGCUCUCGAAGCAUGUGACGAACUUGAUCUCGCUAUUCGACCUGAGUUUGCCUUGGAGGCGUUUACGAAGGAUUCGGACAACACUGAGGAGCAUCGAGGCCAACAAAUCCAUUUCCAGCGAGGCAUGGGCAAGAACUACGAGCGUUUAGAGUUUCUGGGAGAUUGUUUUCUGAAAAUGGCCACAUCGAUUGCGCUUUUCACUCAGAAUCCAGAUGACGACGAAUUCGAUUACCAUGUGAACCGGAUGUGCCUCAUUUGCAACAAGAAUCUCUUCAAUACGGCCAUUAAGAAGCAGAUAUACCGGUACAUCCGUAGCCGGGGAUUCUCGAGGCAUAUAUGGUAUCCUGAUGGUUUGACAUUGUUGCAUGGAAAGGACCACAGCAAAAAGCUCCUUUCCGAAGGAAAACAUGCCCUUGGAGAAAAGACGAUUGCUGACGUUUGUGAGGCCCUGAUAGGAGCAUCGUUGCUGUCAGGAGGCCCCGAACAUAGAUUUGACAUGGCUACGAAAGCAGUGACUGCUCUGGUUGACAGCCCCAGCCACAGGGUCUCCUGUUGGAAGGAAUAUAUCACUCUUUACACUAUGCCAAAAUACCAGGCCGAGAAAUCCAGAGGAUCUGAGGAUGAUCUCGCUCGCCAUGUUGAGGAGGAGCUGGGAUACCACUUCACUUAUCCCAGACUCCUCGCAUCCGCCAUCACCCAUCCGUCUCUCCCUUCGACGUGGGGCUACCGUGUGCCCUGCUACCAGCGACUUGAAUUUCUCGGUGAUUCGCUGCUAGAUAUGGUCUGCGUGGAGGACCUAUUUCGUAGGUUUCCUGAUCGAGACCCUCAAUGGCUUACCGAGCAUAAGAUGGCAAUGGUAUCAAAUAAGUUCCUUGGCGCAUUAUCUGUGAAGUUGGGAUUUCAUAGGCGUAUCAUGGCUUUCAGUAACCCUCUACAGGCUCAGAUUACUCACUAUGUUGAGGAGAUAGAGGCUGCACAGGCUGAAAGCCAGGGAGCGGUCGAUUAUUGGGUUGUUGCGAAGGAUCCACCAAAAUGUUUGCCAGACAUGGUCGAAGCAUAUCUCGGAGCCAUUUUCGUGGACUCCAAGUUCGACUUUCAAGUAAUAGAGGCGUUCUUCGAGCGCCAGAUCAAACCAUUCUUUGAGGACAUGUCAAUCUACGACACUUUUGCCAACAAGCACCCAACUACUUUCCUCCACAAUAAGCUGACGAAUGAGUACGGUUGUACAAACUACUGCUUAAAAGCAGGGGAAUUGCCAACCAUUGAUGGAGCGCCAGCUGGCGUCCUAGCUGCUGUCAUUGUGCACGGCAAUGUGAUUUCAGAGGCAAGGUGGUCUUCCAGUCGCCAUGCAAAAGUGAAGGCAAGUGAGAAGGCUUUGACAGUGCUUGAUGGUCUUCUGCCCUUUGAGUUCCGGCAGAAGUACCAUUGCGAUUGUAAAGAAAUAAAGAAUUCUUCCUGCGCGAUGGAGAUUGGGACUGCAAUUUGA